AUGGUUUAUAGUGACAGAGUCUCCAUUGUUUAUGGUUCUUUGAAAUAUACUUGGAAAGAAACCUUUCAACGUUGCUACAAACUUGCAUGUUGCAGCAUUGGGUCCAAACACACAGGAGUUAUACGAGCUUCACUUUGCUGUUCCCAUGGCAGGAGCAAUUGUUUCUCCACUGAACAUCUGCCAAGAAUCACCACAUUAGCUGUACAAUUGAAACUGUUAGAAGCUAAAGUCAUAUUUGUUGAUCAUCAAUUUCUCAACCUUGCCCUUCAAGCCUUUGAGAUCCUCACCAAAACAUGCACCGAUUACAAGUUUCCUCUAGUUGUAUUAAUGCUAGAGACUGAUCCUGUUGCCAAAAUUGCCUCCAAUAAUCAUCAGCUUUCGGGUCAUCAUACUUAUGAUUCUCUUCUUAAUCUCACAAAUGGUUCUGAUGACUUCGAUAUUGUGAGGCCAAAAGGUGAAUGUGAUCCAAUUUCCAUUGUAUUUACUUCAGGGACUACAGGAGAGCCAAAAGGAGUUGUUCACGGUCACAGAGGAGCGUAUUUGACAACUCUCGCUGAAAUUAUUCUGAAUGAACUGAAAGCCAUGCCUGUUUAUUUAUGA